AUGAAGCACGCAAUUCUUUGCCUGCAAAUCUCUCUGUUCCUCUCCAGCUUCUCCUAUUCGAUGCAGGCCCAAUACAGCUCGAUUUUUAGCUUCGGUGACUCCUACACCGACACCGGCAACAAGGUCAUCCUCUUCGGCCCGACGACGCCAGGCCUGCUGAUCAACAAACCGCCGUACGGGAUGACCUUCUUUGGGCAUCCCACCGGCCGCCUCUCCGACGGCAGACUGGUCAUAGAUUUCAUCGCCCAGGCACUGGGGCUGCCUCUCCUUCCGCCGUCACUGUCGAAGAAUCAAAGCUUCAAGCAAGGCGCAAACUUCGCGGUGGCUGGCGCCACGGCGCUGAAGACGAGCACGAGCCCAGCGGCGUUCUACCCGCAGGCCGCCGUCGGCAGCGCCAAGCCUCCUCCGAAUAACGUCUCACUCAGUGACGAGCUGGGGUGGUUCGACGCCAUGAAGCCCUCGCUUUGUGGCUCACCCCAAGCAUGCAAGGAGUUUUUCGGGAAGGCGCUGUUCGUCGUCGGCGAGCUGGGUUGGAACGACUAUGGCGUCAUGCUGAAGCUGAUCAACGACGGCGCCACGGCGAUCGUGGUGUCAGGGAUCUCGCCGAUGGGCUGCGCGCCGGGGAACCUGGUGAUGCUAGCGAGCCAGAACGGGGCGGACUACGAGCCGGACACGGGGUGCCUGAAGGGCCUGAACGAUCUGUCCAAGGCGCACAACGCGCAGCUGAGCCAGGCUCUGACGGCGCUGGGCGGCAGGUACCCGGGUACGCGGAUCACCUACGCCGACCUGUACGCGCCCGUGAUCGCGUUCGCGGCGGCGCCGGCACGGUUCGGGUUCGACGGCGCGGAAGGCGCGCUGCGGGACUGCUGCGGCGGCGGCGGCGGGAAGUACAACUUCAACCUGAGCGCCGCGUGCGGGAUGCCCGGCGUGGCCGCCUGCGCCAACCCGUCGGCGUACGUCAACUGGGACGGCGUCCACCUCACCGAGGCGGCGUACCACCUCGUCGCCGAUGGAUGGCUUAGGGGACCCUACGCCCGCCCGCCCAUUCUCGGGGCGUAG